CCUCAAUUACCUGAACAUAUAUGUGUGAUGAGCCUAAAAUAGACAAUAGCACACAAGAACCAAUGAAUUGCACAAAUCACACAGCAUAUGUUCAAUGUCUGCCAGCACCAAACAUUACUUGCAGAGAUCACCUUGGCAUAGAGAAAGUCUUUACGGGACAGGAAGUUGGAUUUUACAAGCCCAUUGAGUGUCGCAAUGUAAAUGGAUACUCCUACAAAGUGGCAGUGGCUCUGUCCUUAUUUCUUGGAUGGUUGGGAGCAGAUAGAUUUUAUCUAGGAUAUCCUGCAUUAGGUUUGUUAAAGUUCUGCACUGUAGGGUUUUGUGGAAUUGGGAGCCUAAUUGAUUUCAUACUUAUUUCAAUGCAGAUCGUUGGCCCUUCCGACGGCUCCAGCUACAUCAUCGAUUAUUACGGGGCCAGGCUGACCCGGCUCAGCAUCACCAAUGCAACCUUCAGGAAAAUGCAGACCUACCCCUGACAUCCCUGACUCUGGCAGGGAGUGCCACAAACCCACAGGUGCAGCUGGAUUUUACAGCUGGAUCCACUGGAAUUGCUGAGGAUUUGCUGGUCACCCCUCGUCAGAACGGAAUAUUAAUAGAAAUGCACGGUGAACAAAGAUGAUAAAAUGUGAAAGUUCCUCACGUUUACCUCAAAGGUGGAACUUUGGGGCUGCUCUGUUUCUGGGAGCAGAGUUGCUGAGUUACAUCAUCUGUGAAACGUGCAGACUGUUGCAAUUUGCACUGAUCUUGUGUCUGUUUCCUUUAAAGUGUUACAGAGAGCUGCAGAGAGAGUUGUUCAAAUAAAUAUGCAGAUAUUUAUUCCAUUGAAAUUUAUAAGAGUUUUAGCAUGGAUACACAUGGGGGUCUGUCCAUAUGGCAGUUUGGAAAUUAACUUAAAUAUCCCCAACCACACAAACUGCCUUUUUUUUCCCCCUCCUGUUAAGACCCAAAUCUUAGGCUGGUGUAGCCUGUGAAAUUGUGUUAAUUAAAACAAUUAUUUCUUUAAAUUUUAGUCAAGUUGCAAAAUUUGGUCAAGUUCUGAUCAAUAGUAGAAAUAUGGAUGUGUAAAAAAUAGAACUGUAGGUGACAUAUCACAAAAAAAGAAGAGUGGAUGUUGGGGUGCCCUGAGGUUAGAAAAACAAAUAAUUGUAAUGCUUAUUUUGAUUUUUUUUCUUUCCUCUCUUGCAACCAUCCAUAGUGAAAUAAAUACUUUUUUUCUCCUGAAAAUAAAUUGGUGUGUAUGUGUUUUACAGCUACUGAGUGUCCAAAGAGUGAAUUCCUCAUACUACUAAAGCCCUUAAAAGGGUCAGUUGUGUUUCAGUGCAAUAAAUUCAGUAUCUUUCAAAGCAGUUUGACCAAAGUCUUGUGGACAACCAGGAUUUCACUGGAUGUUUCUUUCAGGAGAAGUAUGUACACACAGACAGAAAACAUGUCAACAAAAUCUUCAUGUUAUUUGACCAAUUUUAAGGAUUCUCUUCACCUUCUAAUGAAAACUGGCACUAACUGAGGGAGAAAGCCAUGCCAUAGAAACUUCAGUGUAAUUUUUUUUUUUUUUUACAAAAGUUUGGGCCUUUUUUUUUGUUUUUCAGGUGAAACUUUCAACCUGUCAUUAAUAUAUCCACUAACCAUAUUUUUAGGGGAAUUCCCAAGAUUGAGAUUCCUAAGUGGAUUUAUGAAAGCACAAUUUGUGGGGUUUAGGCUCUUUUUAACCCCCAUUAAGCCCAAUGCCCAGAGAGCUUUGUAAAGAAAUCCUGUUUUUAACCCAAAUCAGCAUAACCUGACAUGUCACGUAAUGAGAAUAAACCACAAGGAAUACUUUGUGCUUAACGUUAAUUCUUCCCUUCACGCAAGAAAGAUGUGGUUUUGGAAUCCUUCCUGCCAUGCAUUUUCCUUGUGGGUUCAAAGAGACAGGAACACUCUGUCAGCUCCAUUCCCUUGCCUGAUAUUUGUUCUGUCUCCCUUUGCUCCCUCUCUCUCUGAAUGCUCUUUGUGCUCAUCAGUUUUGUUCCCUGAAAUACUUUGAAAAACAAGACAGGAAGCGGAUGGAAGAUGGAUGUUUGAAUCGAGUAAAAUCUCCUGCCUAAGA